UGAUUGUGUUCACGCGUCACAGUCUGUCCGCGCUUACGUAUGUCACGUGGCCUCGUCCAACCAAUCAGAGCGCAGUUUCUGUCUGUGCGGAAGCGCGUGAAGCCGGUGUCUUGCGGAUGUCAAUCGAAAUCAUGCUGCUGUGGAUUGUGUCCGGCUCUCUGCUCCUCUUCAGCAGUUUUGACGUCUGGUACUUCCUGAGAGCGACGUGGAUGGUGAUCAAGUCCUGGUUCCAGGGGCCGGUUCGAGACGUUCUGGAGGAGCAGGUGGUCCACGGACGGGUUUUCCUCCACGACCUGGACUUUAUGUGUCACAUGAAUAACGCGCGCUAUCUGCGCGAGUGCGACUUCGCGCGCUACGCGUACUGCACGCGGAACGGGCUCUUCCUGGCCGCGCGCGCGCUCGACGCCUCCAUGCUGAUCGGAGCCACGACCAUCCGGUACCGACGCUCGCUGGGGUUCGGCGAGGCCUUCGAGCUGCGCACGCGGAUGGUGGCGUGGGACGAGAAGUCCUUCUACCUGGAGCAGAGGUUCGUGUCCAAGACAGACGGGUUCGUGUCUGCUGUCAUGCUGUGCAGGCAGAAUGUCAUUCGCGGAAAUCCACAGAGGAUCCUGGAGCACCUUUGCAAGAGGAAGGUGGAUUGCCCUGAGAUAUCAGAGGAUCUUCAGCACUGGAUCAGGUUCAUCUCUGCCAGCAGUCAGGCUCUGAGAGCAGAGAGUGGCCUGGACGACAAGACCAAAUGAUCAUUUUAAAGACUCUUACCGUAAGCCUUCCUUCUGCAUGUAAGUUUCCGGUGAUGCUAACCUUGAAACCAUAACUCUCUAAUGUCCGUUUUAAAGUUUCAAAAAGGUUUUCUGGUCCAGAACCUGCGGCUGUUGGCAGCUCCAGUGUUUAGUCCACCACACCAGCCCUCCGUGUAGUUUAUUUGUUUAAAAGUAUUACAACGUCAGUAUGGUACUUACAAAAUCCAUUCCAGAAGCUGUAAGAAAUAUGACUGACAAACCACUGAGCAUGAAUCUCUGUUGAGAAACAGAGCGCAUGAACGAAUGUUGAAAACUUAACUCCAUUCACUUGAACGCUGGGGGCUUUUUAACGCUCCUUUUACCAAAUACGCACAUGAACAUAAGAAAAAUAAUGUCCAAAAGAUUUGCACUGAGUAUUUUAAUAGUAUAAAUGGUAGAUGAGUUAUGAGAAAUGUAUUGUUAAAUCAUAUCACAUCAUGGAUUUGUUGUGCUGGUCAGAUAUGUAAAUCUAGGUAUUUAUUCAAAUUUAAAACUGAAACGGUUUAUUAUUGUUGUUAUUUAUGAAAAGGGAACAUGUAUUUAUUCAAAUAUUUUUUCUGAGAUUUGCAUAAUUUCUUUGAGAAGAGUCUGUAUGUAAAGUAAUUUAAGCACCUGUAAUGAAAUUUGAAGACUUGCUUUAUGAAAUAAAGUCCUGCAUUAUAAAUAA